AUGGCAGGAAAGGCGGAUGGAAAGAGCCAGAAUGGCAAUUUCCGCACUGACACAGCCAUUUCUGGCAACCGUGCUGGCGAACAGCGCGUUCUGCAAAGAUGGCAACCCGACACCCCAUCAUCAAACGUUGAUCAUAGUCUCGAGAAGUCUAGUGGUGGUUCCUGGAACCAAUUCGAGACUAACGAACGGCUCUUCGGCCUCAAGACUGACUACGAUGAGAAUAUGUACACUACUCGAAUCGACAAGAGCAAUCCCAAAUAUAAAGAAAGAAUGGCCAUUGCCGACAAGAAGGCCAAGGAGAUCGAGGCGAGCGUUGCAAGUACCUCUCAUGUGGCAGAGGAGAGAGUAAUGGACUUCGUCGGCGGAGAUAAUGGCGGUGAUGAAGAAGACAAAUACAGCGGCGUCAAACGUCAACAGCAGAACGACUUUCCUCCUUUGCCGGGCGGCAGAGAGAAUAAGUACACUCCACCAGCGCGCAGAGCUCCAACGGGCUCGGCAACCGUGAAGGGCGCUCCAUUUGAUCCCGCGAUUAUCUCUUCGCAACUGAAAUCCCACAAGCCGCAAACUGUUGCUAAGCCAGCAGAUGAUCUCAAGACUCGUGCUGCACCAGCCGAGACUGCUACACCAGCUGCACCUGCAGCCAAGCCUGUAGAGCCCAAGUCUGAAGCGGCUGCUGAAACUUCUCAGAAGACGGCUGAUACCAAGGCUGCACCCCAAGCUGCUGCACCAUCAAAGCCAUCUACUACGUCAGCUCGAACCAUGUCUCCUCAGAACAAGGAUGCAGCACCUGCUCCGAAUGCAACUGAGACGGUAGAACGCGAUGUCUUGGUGUCAUUCAAGGCCUUCGCCAACCAACAGCGACACAAUGCCGAAAAAGUUAGAAGCUCUAAGGCUCGAGCCGACAAGGAGGUGAAGUUGACGGAGCUGAAGAAGUUUGCUUCCAGUUUCAAGCUACCCACGCCUGUACCCGUCGAUCUUAUUGGUAUCAUCGCUAAGGAUCCUGCCAAGCAGAAGGCCAUUCAGGAGAAGGCCGCAAGAGAUGCUGCAGAGUGCCAGCGGCAAAAGGAAGAGGACAAGGCUGCAUCGCAGAAGAAGCAAGUCCCGACCCCCAAAGAUGGCCAGGCCGGCACAUCUUCUCAGGCUCCUCAAAAUGAUCGUACACGUGCUAGUGGUGCUCCGUCGUCUUCACAGCCUGCUGCAGCUGCAGCUCGGCACCCUGGUGCCCGCUCAAGCUAUGUCCCUCAGCCAUAUCCGCCCUAUAGAAACGGAGCCUCGCACAUGGGACCAGCUGGUGGACGCCAAUCUCAAGGGUUGGCUGCCCGUAUCCAGAACAACCAGAAGAUGGGUGGAGAUAUGCGCCAGCCGCCCACUGGUCCUGCUAAUGUCGAUCCGUCAUUCGGCCGACGAGGACCAAUGCCAGGUCAUAUGAACAAGCUGAACCCCAACAGCCACGAAUUUAGACCUAGUCCAUUUGCUGCGGCUUUCAGUCCCAACGGCCAUCCUAGUGCAGGAUCAAGUCCCAAGUCGGCUUUGAACAACGUUGAUCCUAACGCUGCAUCUAAUCAUGCGGGCGUUGUCACUUUCAUUACCAGAAAGAAGACAGCCCCGAACGCGAAGAAGUGCAACAUCUUGUCCCACCUCAAGGGCCAGAAGAAGCCGGAGGGAAAGAACUGGGCCGACAAUGACGGUUACAAGCCACCUUAUGAUACUGCACCUGCCUGGCGCCAGGCUCAGGACGAUGAGAAGCCGGACUCAACAAUGCGUUUGUCUUACACGGAGUAUUUUGAACGACAACCGUUCGCCACACACCCAACACCUAACCCUUCGCAUGUUAUGCCGCAAAUGGCCCACCAGCACCAGUUGCCGUUCCACUUGCAACAAGGCGCUCACAAUGUUGGACCUCGCGUUUCACCUCACGUCCCACCGGUUCCAAUCCACCCAGGACAGCAUGGCCCAAUGGCUCACGGGCCCUUCAACGGAGCGGAUGACCAUAGAAUGAUGCACUCUAACUCAUCGCAGUCCUACUCCUCGCCACGUGUCGGGCCGGUCUCAGCAGCAUACCCUCCCAACAUGAAUGCUCAGGGUCAGGUGCCUUAUGCCCAAAACGGUAUGCCGUUCAUGACCGGAAACCCUCAGCAAAUGGGCUACAACCCCCGGAGCUUUUCGAACAAUCCGGGAUACAUGCCUCCCCAAGGAGUGCCAAUGGGAACACCCGUCAUGAUGCAGCCUCAGUUCGUGACUGCCCAGGGUAUGCCGGGCGGACAGAUGCAGAUGUACGGUGCUCCGCCGUUCAUGCCUCCCGGUGCCGUCCCGCCUCAGCCUAUGCCUGGAGCUAACGGCUAUCCGAGCCCUGGUCGACCUGCCGCCACAAUGAUGGUGCCGCAAGGUUCCCAAUCGGGACAACCCAUCUACGGAAUGAGUCCUGGCAUGCAAUAUGGACAGCCAGUGUUCCCACAACAAAGUCAAAUGAACAACAUGAGAGGCUUCAGUAAUCCGGGUUAUCAGCAAUACGGAUCCAGUCCUCAACAAAUUCAUCAAUACUCCCAGCAGCAUCGAAAUGGAAGUAACAACUUUAACAACAAGAACUUUCAGGGACACAAUCAACACCAACAGCCGCAAGCUGGUCACCCAGUCCCUUCAGGGCCCCACGGACGCACUCCCGAGGGCACUGAUGAGGCCAAGUGA